CAUAAAUCUUCACAAGACAAUCCUGAUGCGUACUCACUGUAUAUCUUCAACAAUCUGGACCAUUACUGAAGCCACACCAGGAAGGGCCAUCAUCUGUUCACCAUCUCUGAAUCUUUAACUUUGGCUCUCAAGAAGCUGAAGAAGUAGAGCCGAUUGUAUUGCACCGCCAGAAGAGAAUGUGGGUUUUAGGUACUAUCAAUGUUGUGGAAGAAGAUGAAGGACCUUUUCCUAAAUUUGCUGUGCGAAUCAAUAAUGACAAGACAGUUACGGAGAAUAUUGUAUUCAGACUGAGUGGCAGUGGAGUUGACAUACCACCGGAGAUGGGCUUGUUUUAUUUAAACAGAAGCUUGGGAUCAAUAAUGAUUACUCGCAAAGUUGACCGUGAGAAAACACCACUGUUUGCAUUGAGUGUUGAUGCGUUGAAUGCAAAAACCUUAAAGAAAGUGGAUCAAACCUUGAAGUAUAGGAUUAAAGUGAAAGAUAUCAAUGACAAUGCACCAAUAUUCAGUCAUUCAGUAUAUGAAGUAAAUGUACCUGAAAAUACUGCAGAAGGCAAAGAAGUUUUCAGGGUUAGUGCCACAGAUGCGGAUGAGAAAGACAAUGACAAUUCACUUAUUUCAUACUCACUGAUUUCUCAGAAACCCUCAAAAGAUCUCAGUCAUUUUCACGUCAAUAAUACAAAUGGAGCAAUAAGUUUUACAGGAUGCCUGAAUUAUGAGAGGCUUAAAUCCUACACUCUGACUGUUAAAGCAAGAGACAAUGGCGUGAACAUCCUCAGCAGCACUGCAAUCGUGAGGAUUAGUGUCACUGAUGCUAAUAGCUAUCUCCCUGCUUUUAUCAAAACAGGCAAAUUUUCAGGUAAAGUCGAUGAAAAUGAUGAACAAGUAGAUAUACUUAGAUUAAGUGUCACUGACAAAGAUGUUCCCUAUACACCAGCCUGGAGAGCAAAGUAUAAAAUUGUAGAAGGGAAUGAACGUGGGAACUACAAGAUAGAAACGGACCCCGAAACAAACGAUGGAAUUCUGUCUCUUGUUAAGCAUUUGGAUUAUGAAGGGGGUUCAAAGAGACAGUUGAAAAUCCUUGUUGAAAAUGAAGAACCAUUUUUUACCUGUAAAGAAGUGACUGACGAACAGAAAGCUGAGGCACUGGACAGUGUAUACGUUGUUAUCAAUGUUCAUGAUACGAACGAUGCACCUGUGAUUGACCCUUCAGAAGUAACUGUUCAUCUUUUAGAAGGUCAAAAGGCAAAUGUUAUAUUGGUGAAAUUCAAUGCUACUGAUCCUGAUAAGUACAACAUAAAUAAUAUCAGGUUUGUCAAGGCAUAUGAUCCAGAAGGUUGGGUUACAGUAAAUGAGGAAACUGGUGUCGUUACAACUGUCCAUGAAUUAGAUCGUGAAUCUCCUUAUGUGAAAGAGAACAUUUAUAAAGUUAUUGUUCAUGCCAUUGAUGAUGGGAUACCCCCUCAAACAGGAAGUAGUACUUUAAAUAUUGUGUUGAGUGAUAUUAAUGACAGUGAGCCAUAUUUGGUUUCUACAUAUGAAGAAAUGUGUGACGAUGGAGGUAUUCAGCACAUCACUCUUACAGCAAAAGAUGAUGAUAUGAAUCCAUUUGGUGGCCCGUUUCACUUUGAACUUCUAGACAAUGAAGAAAAUAUAAAUGAAAAGUGGAAAUUAGAACAAAAAAGUGGUUAUUCUGUUAAACUUGAAAGAACAAAGAAAAUUCCUGUUGGAAACUAUACCAUACCUGUGCUAAUAAGAGAUAGACAAGGUGUAGCGACAAAGAAUACGUUGCAUCUAUGGAUCUGUCAUUGUCAAGAUGGAAAUACCUGCCCUAUGUCAAGUCCACCUCUAGCUACCUUAGCUGCAUCUGCAAUUGGUCUUCUCUUUGGAGCAUUACUGCUGCUGUUGUUUGGCUUUUGUCUGAUUUUAUUUAUGACACAGCAACAUUUUCAGAUUUUACCUUUUGAGAAUUCCAAAGGAACACUGAUAAUGUACAACCAAGAACAGCCUUGUAUAGAAAUGAAAGAUAUUCCAGAGAAAGUAUGUAUUGCAAAACAACUAGCUUGUGACAAUGGAACAAAUGGUUCCUUCAGUAACUUAAAUUCUGAUAAUCAGUUCAGCAAGAUUGGAACAAAGUCCAUAACUUCAAGGACACAAAGAAGCAAGCUGGGUGUUGAAACAGAUGUGUCAGUCGGCAGUUUCCAAAAUAGGUCUGGAGCUUGGAAAGAAAAUGAUAACUUAACUCGUUGUGAUACUUUUAAGGCAAGAUUUGAAGAGCUUCUGAAUCAGAAACUGAAUGACUACAAUGCCAGGGAAGAUCGACAAGGACAUUAUCAGCCCCAUGUUUAUCAGUAUGAUGGUGGUGAAAGCAUAACAUCAUCUCUUGAUUCCAUUGUUAUGGCUGAAAAUGAUGCUGGAUUCUUCUACCUGGAUAACUUGGAAAAUUGUUUCAUUCCACUGGCCAAAAUUUGUCAACAAAAUAAUUUAAAAUGAAUUACUGCUAAUCUUUCUCCAAAUUAAGUUUCAUUCAACUCAGCAAAUACCAUAUUACUUCAUAUCACUGUGAACAUUUGUAAAGUAAAAGCCUUAAAACAUGAAGUCUAGGUAUGUCAUCCUUUCUGCUACAUUUUUAAAGUGAUUAUUCUUUACAAAGAUCAGAACAUGACAAAAAAAAUCCGCAGCUUAUUUAAAUUGGAGUACAAGUUAAAUAUUGGUGAGAAGAAGGUCAUAUUGCAGAAUCACUAACACAAUCCAAAUUGGCUGUUGGAUGUGAUUCCCUAGCACUUGCUAAACAAUUCUGUGUGUGCUAAUAGCUCUUUAAGUUAAUCAGUCAAGUUUGAAAUGUGGCUCAUUUUCAUUUGAUGGUAAUGAUGCAGAGACCAUUCUCUGUAAACAAAAAUAACUCUUGCUUUUUUUAAAAUUAUCUAAUAACAUGGAGAGUCUAUUAUUUACUACUGUUUUCUCGAUGUCAGUACUUUGGCUAAUAAGAGGAUGUUAUACUACCUAACCGUUUGUCUCUUGUGGUCUAAGUUUUGAUGACCUGAAAUUUCACAUUCUUACAUUUGUCCUGCUAAGUCCAAGACUAAAAGCUUCUGUACUGUGUCUCUAUUUUCAGUAAGAAUAAAGGGAAGCCCCAAGGAGAUAUAGUUCUCAAAGGCCUUCAUUACUUUAAUGUUUUAAAUAUUUCUUAUGCAGUGGCGUUUGUUAGCUUUACUUUGUAUUUCUACAAUUUUUAUUAUUAAAUGUUAAAGAAAUUUUUUUUGAAAUUUUGAUUUAGUUUUAGGCAAUUUUCUCAUGGCUGUGUUGAUUAAAGGUGAAUCAGGCAUAUCAAGCAAGUCACAAGCUAUUCUUACAGAGCUUGACACACCUGCAUAUGAAUGACCUGGAUCAAGUACCUUAGCUUACUGUACCAGAUAAUAGACUGUUACUAACCAUAUCAAUGUGGUCUCCUCUACACUGGGGAGACAGGACGCCAACUCGCAUAUUGUUUCAGAGAACAUCUCUGGGUCACACGCAUCAAACAACCCCACCCUCUUGUGGAUGACCAAUUUGACUCCCCCUUCUGCUCUGCCAAGGGCUUCCUCCAUCGCCAAAUCCUAGCCACCUGACCCCUGGAGAAAGAAUGCCUCAUCUUCCACCUUGGCACCCUCCAACCAUAGGAUAUCAAAGUCAAUUUCACCAGUUUCCUCAUCUCCCCUCCCCCUACCUCAACACAGAUCUAACCCUCCAACUUGGCACCGCCGU